ACUAAAAGGAGAGAUUGAGAGAGCAGCUCAUCUUAAAAAUUGUAUAUUUGUCUCAUCCCUCCCUCCCACGCAAAGAAUAGUUAUAAACCAGCACACCCAAGCAAACUCCAAUCUCUUUUCAUAUCCUUGGGAACAGCAAUUUUGGGUUUGUUUAUUUAUGAGUUAGGUUUUUAUUUCACAGUACAAGUGAUGUUGUUGUGACUGAUGGGAUGGGAGCUCAGAAAAGUAUACAUGCAGGGAAAGCAAAGAUAGAUGUAAAUGUUGAUUUCACUCACAAACUAUGUGCUGCUCUGAUGCUUCAUCCCUUCAGGAAUUCUGGCAAUCCCCUUUCACAGAUUAUUGGGAGUCUUUGCAUUAAGCAUCCUAGUGUGUUUGGUGGGAGUGAAAAGCUCGAUGUAUCCUGGGAUAAAGGUUUAUAUGAUUCAAAUGUAUUGGUAGCUUACCGGAGGCCAAGGCCGGAAUGGCUUUCACAACAGUCUUUUGUUGUCCAGCAUUCGAUAUCGCCAGAAAUUGGGGUCCAUGGUUUCCCAGUUGAUAACUUUUCGCGUUCAGGAAGUGGUGGUGUCAACUUGCGUCGGUUUUCUGCUGGUGUGGAUCUUAAUGAGCCUGCAAGCUCCCACUGGAGCAGCACAACCAGCAUAAAGUUUGAGCAUGUUCGUCCUGUCAACGAUGAUGGUCGAUCCAUUACCAGAGACUUAGAUGGAUUUCCCGUAACUUGCAGUGGCAGUCCUCAUGACAGUAUGGUGGUCUUGAAGCAGGAAUCUCGUUAUGCAAAAGCCAAUGACCGCAGUUUCUCCCAAUUGAGUCUUCAGAUAGAACAAGGGGUUCCUGUCUUGUCCAAGUGGUUAAUUUUUAACAGAUUCAAAUUUGUUGCGUCAAAAGGAGUGAAAGUUGGACCUGCGUUAUUACUGGCUAGCCUUACAGGUGGUUCCAUUGUAGGGGACAUGGCUCCAUAUCAAGCAUUUGCUAUUGGGGGUCUAGGCAGUGUCAGAGGAUACGGUGAAGGUGCAGUGGGAACUGGAAGAUCAUGUCUUAUAAUGAACAGUGAAUUAACAUUACCUGUGAACAAGGUGUUGGAAUGUGCAGUGUUCCUGGAUUCUGGAACAGACUUGGGCUCUGGUCGCCAUGUCCCUGGAAAUCCUGCGCUCAGGCAUGGCAAACCUGGUACAGGGAUUGGAUGUGGAUAUGGUCUUCGGUUAAAAUCACGGAUGGGUCAGUUUCAAGUUGAUUAUGCCAUCAAUGCCUUUCAGCAAAAGACAGUUUAUUUCGGUGUCAGUAAUAUUGUUUCGUAAAGCAGCAUUCAUUUUACUCGAAAAAGUUCAAAUUCUUUGAAGGAGGAGGUCCGAGAUCAAGACUACCGCAGAGAUUGGUCUGUGCACAAAAAGUGACUCUAACUACAUGAGUUUAAUAGUUUUAGUUAGCCACACAAUAGAGAAGAAACAAUAAUGCAUCCUUCUGAAUCUGGAGUAGAUUCAUAUCAAAUCUUUGUUGUUCUUUGGACUGACCAGUGUUUUGAUGAUAAUUUAUCAAUUUGAUCACAGUGUUACAUGGA